CAUGAGUCGUUACUCCUUCAAUGCAAUGAUACAACUCAGCCGACAAUUGCCUUUGGAUGCAGAACUUGAGGUAUUACUUCACUAUCGAGUGCCCCACAGCAAGAAGGUGGCUAAACUCAUCAAUAUACGUUUUAAGGAAUGCAACACGUUCACUGCUUUGCCUUUGGUACCAUUGCUUAAGAAUAUCAUUGAUAAAAUCGCUGCUCAUGGCAAUUUUCCCUUUACCUGUCCAGUUAGGGGGAAUGUUAUGUACAAUGCCUCCAAUUUAAUUAUAACCGAUGCAAUACUUCCCAGCUAUAUGCCCAUUGUGCAGUUCAACUUUACUUUGAAUAUAUUGAACAAAGGCAAGGCGAUUUGUCAUUACCUAGUGCAAGGAUCAACGACAGCCAAGACAUAGGGGCAGCAUUUUUGAGUGGGUAAUCGAAUAUUUUAUAAUCUCCAGCUGGUUAAGAUAGUCCUAGUCCUAAAUAUUGGGUAAUGAAAGCAUUUGAGA